AAAGCCGUUAAAGGCAUUAAAAUAACGAGGGCUUUUUGCUAUAGCUUGGCAAGCACGGGAGUGCACCAUUGAUUUUUAACAUUUAACUGUCACAAAUACUGUUUAAUUAUGGUCAAAUCAUUCAAAACAUGCCAAAUGCGAUAAAUUUGCAUAAUCAAAUCCAAAUAUCUCAGCCAAAAAUGCAUUUGAAUUUCCGUUAAUUUUUCAUCUACCUCAAAUUCCCACUACCCACUACCUGCCUUUACUUUCCUUCAGUAACAAUAAAAAAUAUACCUAAACCCAAAAAAUGGGACCCAAAAAAGGCAAAGUAGAUCCGAAGGCAGCGGCGGCGGCCAAAGCGAUGAUGGCGGGGGCCCCGCCGAAGCCGAAGAAGAUCCCGCCACCGCCCGCCUGCUUCACGCCCGAAGACAUCGCGAAGUAUAAGGAAAUGUUUAAGGCGCAUGAUGAAGAUAACACGGAAAAGAUACCACUUAAGCUCAUCCCUCUAAUGCUACGAAAGCUGGGCUUCAACCCCAAAGCCGAGGAAGUGAAGGAGAUGUUCCGACUGUUCCUUGAAGACGACCUGGUCGACACGGUGGAGCUCCACGAGUGGUACUUCAUGAUCGAAGCCAAGCUCAAGUGGGGGGAUGAUAUCGAGCUGGUGGUGACCAAAGCCAUGCAGACUUUGGGGCAGGAUGAAAAAGAAACAGGGUUGUGUGACUUAGAGCUUCUUAAAACAGAGCUGUUCACCUGGGGGGAGCCGCUGAUAGAAGAAGAGUUCGUAGAUUGGGUCAAACUGGCGAUGAAAGAUAAAACUUAUGAUGUAGUGACCGGACGGAUCAAUUAUGUCAAGUUUAUUGAGAAUAUGAACGCUAAGGAUGAAAGAGCGACAAAGGAACCAAUAAACUUCUUCAAGUUGGACCAGAAGACUUUGGCCGCCAUGGCGAUGAAGAAGGCACAAGAAGAGAAGGAAGAACAGGAGAAGAAGGAAGCAGAGAAGAGAGCGAGAGAAGAAGCCAAGAGGCAGAAGAUGAUAGCAGAUGGGUUGAUACCACCCGAUUAGUUUGGUCUCAAAUGGUUUCACGGUAUAAGUAUUCAAAUUACAGGUUUUUUAAAAAUUUAUUGAAUACGUAAAAUAAAUAAAAAAUCGUAAAAUAUGAAAAAGACCAUUUGGCUUAAAAAAAAAAGAAUUGAUUUGGAAAUAAAAAUAGCAUGCUAAAAUAA